CUAAAAAAAUGCUGUUUAAAAAAUUGUAAUUGUAACUACAGCAAACAGGUAAUGUGCAACUUGUCGUGUGGAGGCUUCACCACUUCGUCUGCGUUCAGUGUUCCAACAAGGCAACAACUCAAACGUUGUCAACUGUUUGUUGAGGUUUCAUCAGCUUCCUACAAUCAAUAUACUCGACCUAUCUCUCUCCGCUUCUCUGUUAAUUCAUAAUGGGUUUGGAGUUGUUCUUUUGGCUUAUCAUUUGUUUCCCUUUCCACAUCGCCUUUUUAGCCUCAACGUUCUACCAGGUUUUGAUGCUGACUGACUUAGAAGCCGAUUUUAUCAACCCAUAUGAUGCUUCAUCAAGGAUUAAUUACUUCAUCGUUCCUGAGUUUAUUGGGCAGGGAUUGUUGUGCGCUUUCUGCCUUUUAACAGGUCACUGGAUCAUGUUUUUGAUGACGGUUCCUGUUACAUGCUACCAUGUGAUGCUGUACAUGAAACAGCAGCAUCUCAUCGAUGUUACUGAAGUGUUUAGAGCACUUAACUCUGAGAAGAAAUUUCGCUUGGCCAAACUUGCGUAUUACUUAACAAUCAUCAUUAUAACUGUCUUCAGUUGCCAUCACAAGGCAGAAUUGCAACUGGCGGUUGAUGCUUGAUGAGGAUGGUUCCUUGAACAGGUUCCUGAUAUCCUUCCAAAUCACACCAAUAGUAAUAUCUCUUGAUUUUAGUUAGUUUAGAUUGUGUCAGAAACCGUGAUUGGUGUGAUAGAGAUUGGCAUGAUGUAUUUUAGGAAGGUUUAUAUUUGAUAUGCUGUAAUUUUGUAACAGUUUUGUGCUGUCUUUAUUAGGUUCAUUUAUAGUUGAUUAAUCCCGCAAUCAUAGGGAUUUAUUCCUGAUAAUAUGCAGUCUAUAUUUCCUAAAAUAUACUGCAGACUUAUGUAUUUAUAUAGAGGUUAAUAACCUCUUGGAAUAAUAAGAAAGUAUUCUAUUCCUUCUAAAUCUGAGAGAUUGUGAUGAAACACCUUGGAUGCUGCAAUGGAUUUCAUCAUACACAAUUGGGAACUCUUAUUUUGGAUCUCUAGACGUGUCUUUUCAUUUUAGGUGAUCAUAUGAGAACCUUGAACUUUGCUUCCUAGUAUUAUCAACAUAUGGACCUAAAUUUUGGGAACUGAAAUUAGAGUUUUCACUGCAUUAAAGUAUGUGCUUAUACACCACUAACUGAAUGGAACUCAAAGAUCUUUGCUGCCAUAUUAACGUGUUCUUGAGCAAAGGAACCUUUUAGAAAGGUUAAGCGACCUGUGUUAGAUUGGUUAAGAUGAACAGUAAUAUACCUCUAUUAUAACCGUUCCAGGCUCUGAAAUAUUGGGUUGCAAAGAAAGUACCUAGCCUGUUCACUUGCCUUCUUGUUCUUUCAGAUUUGAUGAGUAUUUCUUCCUUUCUAUCUUGUUACAAAAUAAAAUGAAUAUUUUUCUCUGGGCAUGUAAGUUUUUUAUUUUUUCUUUUCUUGAAGGUGGGUACGGUAGGGGGAUGGAAGGGAAGAAUUUUUUUUUUCAAAUUAAAAAGCUUAUUUAUAAAAAAAAGAAAGAAAAAGAAGAGAGAUUAACACAUAAAGUUUAUGUUAAUCAAUAAUUUUGUUUUAAAAAUUAUCAAAUAAAAAAACAUUAAUUGGAAAUGGAAAAUUCGUUCCCCCUUCCACCAUCUUCCAAAAUACAUACCCUUAAGCAACAUUUUUCGUGACUAUUUAUCAUUUUCCCCAACUUUUCAU